AUGCGUCCCCUGGCUGUUCCACUGCUCGCCUCCGCUGCGCUUCUGGCAGCAUCCCAGCAGGUUCCCCUCGAGCUCGAUGAGAGCCCGCUCGCGGCACCAUGCAGCGGCGGCUACUCGUUCCCCGCCAUCGUCUGCAUCCGCAAUCGAGGCGCCGUGAUCCGAGGCGACUGGGAGCGGCCCGUCACCAACGACCUCGCCCACGCCGACACCUUCCGCUCCACCAACAUGCCGCACGAGCCCAGCUUCCGCCACGUGCAGGACGCCGACUUCGUCGUCUGGGACGAAAGCCGUGGCAGCCACGUGCUCGGGCCCGCGCCGGCCGUCGACUUCGUCUUCACCACAAAGGGCCUCCUCUCGCACGAAGCCCCCGUCUACUCGCCCGAGACGAACGAGCUGUACUUCGCGCGGCUGGAGCACCGUUUCCUCGCGCAGCUGGCCGUCGACCUGAACGCGGACCCGCCCGUGCUGCGCGAGAAGACGGCGAACCCGCCCAUCUACGGCGCCACGGGAGCCCGCUACCGCAAAGGCCUCAUCUACUUCUCCACCCUCGGCGGCGACGACUUUGGUGGUCACAGCUACCGCCCCGGCAUCUACACCCUCAACGCCACCUCGGGCGAGUCCCGCGCCCUGCUCAACAACUACUACGGCUACUACUUCAACGGCGCUGACGACUUUGACAUCGAUGCCGACGGCCAUAUCUGGUUCACCGACAACGACUACGGCCGCGCCGUCCGCCUCAACGCCGCCGCCCCGCAGCUCAACCCGGCCACCUACCGCUUCGACCCCGCGACGGGGCUCGUCACGGUCGUCGAAGACACUCUGCGCGAGCCGAACGGCGCGCAGUUCUCGCCCGACGGCCGCACCUUGUACCUGACAGACACGGGCGCCGGCGAGACCGUCAUCGACGCCGCCGUCUCACCAGCGCCGCCCAUCCAGUACAACAGCACGGGCAAGAGGUCCAUCUACGCGUACGACGUCGACCCCGUGCGGAAGGUGCUCGGCAACAAGCGGCCGUUCUACCAGAGCAUGCAGAUGGUGCCGGACGGGAUCAAGGUGUCUGAGGAUGGCCAAGCAUUGAAGCACUUUCUGACAAUGACGGCUGUAACUCCUAAUGAACGCACGAGGCUCCUUGAAAGCCAGAGCUACGUGGCAGAUCCCCUCACGCUGGUGGGCAAAGAAGAUCCGAAAGCAUGGCAUACGGAGAAGAAGUGGGCGGUGGCCAUAGUUGUGUCUUGCUACGGCCUCAUCAUCCCGGCCACUGCAGCAAUGGUGGUGCCCGCAUUCACCCAAAUUUCUCACGACCUCAACAUCAGUGGUGACGGUGAAGUGCAACUGGUCAUGUCCGUCUUCUUGCUGGGAUGGGGCAUUGGACCCAUCCUCGUUGCCCCGCUCUCCGAGGUGUACGGCAGGCGACUGCUGCUGAACACUGGACACACGCUCUUCUUGAUCACAAAUACUCUUUGCGGAUGUGUCUCAAACAAGUCACACUUCAUGUUCUUGCGCUUUAUCUCUGGGCUCUGCGGCAGUGGCCCCAUGUCUAUCGGCGCUGGCGUGCUAAGCGAUCUCUGGCACAAAGAAGAGCGAGGACUCUCCCUAUCCAUCUACGCCCUCGGCCCCCUCGCCGGGCCCGCCAUCGGCCCCAUCGCCGCAGGCUACAUCGUUGAAAAGCUGUCAUGGCGGUGGAUCUUCUUCAGCGCGUCCACCUUUGCGUUCAUAAUGCUGGUCCUGGGCUACUUCCUGCUGCUCGAGACCUUCCCACCCGUACUUCUCCGCUGGAAGAAGCAGCAUCUGCGCGCGAAGGGAUUUUUCAUUGGCGAAGACGAUGAGGUUGAAGAAGCCAAGGGCAAGACGCUGUCGUCGCUCAAGGGCGAGCUCAAGCGGCCCUUCGUCAUGCUCGGCACGCAGCCCAUCAUCCAGACGGUCGCGCUGCUGAUGGGCUUCCUGUUCGGCCUGAACCAGCUGACCAUCGCCACCUUCGAGACGCUGUGGGAGGAGCGCUACGGCAUGCCGCCGCGCAAGGCGUCGCUGAACUACGCCUUCAUCGCCGCUGGCCUGACGUUCGGGUCGCAGGUGGGCGGGCGCAUCAACGACAAGAUCUACGCCCGCCUCAAACGCCGCAACAACCAAACCGGCCGCCCCGAGUUCCGCGCGCCCCUGAUGCUCGCCGUCGCCCUCCUCCUGCCCGUUGGCCAGCUCCUCUACGGCUGGUCCGCCCAGUUCCGCCUAUACUUCCUCCUCCCCAACCUCGGCGUCACACUGUUCUCCACCGGCAUCAUCGUCGGCUACCAGUGCAUCCAGGCCUACGUCAUCGACUGCUACCCCGUGUAUGCGGCUUCCGCCAUGGGCUCGCUGACCCUGCUGCGCUCCGCCGGCGGCUUCGUGUUUCCCGAGGUGGCGCCCGCGCUGUACCGCGCGCUGGGGUACGGCUGGGCGAGCACGCUGAUUGCCGGCGUGGCGGGUGUGGUCGGGGUGGCGGCGCCGGUGGUGUUGUGGGUUUGGGGCCCUGGGUUGAGGGCGAGGAGUCCGUAUGCGUCGGGGGAGGUGGGGUUGUGA